AUGUUAUAUCUGUCCACUGUGAUCUUCUUGGUGGCCUUUGGUCUUCUGGUCGACGCCUCUCCAGCAGUCUCAACAGUAGGCCCAGAAACAUCGUUUCAACUCCAGGAGAGGGCACAAACUUUAGAUUGUCCAUCAUGUUCUCUGUCUCACAUGAAAAGAAACUCGUCAGUUUCAGGAGUACAGAAUGACAUGGUGGAGGCAGUGAAACGUCACAUUCUAAACAUGCUACACAUGAGCACUCGGCCUAACCUGACACAGCCUGUUCCCCGGGCUGCGAUGCUGAACGCUAUCAAAAAGCUACACGUGGGCCGUGUGACUGAAGAUGGCAGUGUAGAGAUCCAGGAAGAAGGCCAAGCAGCUGAGGCACCAACACCCCAAGAACCACCAUCAGAAAUCAUCACAUUUGCAGAGCCAGGAGGCUCUUUGAACUCUGUGGCCUUUGACAUCUCAACAGACAGCGGAGACUCGGCAGUGGUUGAACAAGCCAGCAUCUGGAUCUUCUUUAAGGUGGCAAAGGGAAACCGGGCCAAAGGCAAAGUGAUGCUGCGGCUGCUUUGUCACUAUGGCGAUGGUGACAAUAAAGGUGAAGGCGAUUGUGUUUCAGAGAAGAUGGUGGACACUCGGCGCAGUGGCUGGCACACCUUCGCCGUCCCGCACCAUGUUCAGGUUCUGCUAGAUGGCGGCAGCAGCUUGCUCAGCCUGCAGGUUUCCUGUCCGCUGUGCACCGGAGGUGGAGUCUCUCCCAUCCUGACCUCAGGAGAUGGAGUCAUGGAUCAGUCUCACAGGCCAUUCCUUACAUUGACACUGCGAGCUCAGGAGGAGGCAGCCCAGCGACGAGUGAAACGAGGGCUUGAGUGUGACGGGAAACUCCGGUUGUGCUGCAAACGUCAGUUUUACGUAGACUUCAAAGACAUCGGCUGGAGCGACUGGAUCAUCGCUCCUUCAGGUUACCACGCCAAUUACUGUGAGGGCGACUGUCCAAACCACAUGGCAAGCUUAGGUGGCUCAUCCUUGUCCUUCCACUCAACAGUCAUCAACCAUUACCGGCUAAGAGGCCAUGGAGCCUUCCAGAACAUACGCUCUUGCUGUGUGCCCACCAGGCUUCGUGCCAUGUCCAUGCUGUACUUCAACGAGGAGCAGAAGAUCGUCAAGAAGGAUGUCCAGGACAUGAUCGUGGACGAGUGCGGCUGCUCCUAA